AUGGCGCGGCGGGACGGCGGGGCGCGGCUGCGCCGCCUGCUGCUGUGGCUGGCGCUGUGCGGGCUGUGGCGCGGCGGCCCGGCCCGCGCCCUGCACGCCCCACGGGCAGCGCUGCCCCGCGCCGCGGGCGCCUCGGCCGCCUGCAGCCCGCGCUGCCGGCACGGCGGGCUCUGUCUCGCCAACGGCACCUGCCUCUGCUCCAAGGGCUACGAGGGCGAGCUCUGCCAGCACGCAACAUGUUACCCGAAAUGCAAAAAUGGUGGGGAGUGCCUCAGACCUGGAAAAUGCAGAUGUCCACCUGGCUAUGGGGGUAGAUACUGCCAUAAAGUAAGCUGUGAAGGAGGCUGUCAAAAUGGUGGGGAAUGCAUCUCUGUCAAUGGAGUUGUGAAGUGCCUUUGUGCUUCUGGCUGGACAGGAUCAAGAUGCCAAGAAGCAAUUUGUCCUCAAGGUUGUCGGAAUAAUGGAGCUUGUGUGGCUCCUGGGAUUUGUAGCUGUCCAGCUGGAUGGGUUGGUGGAGCAUGUCACUUAGCGGUGUGUAAACUGCCUUGUCAACAUGGAGGGAAAUGCAUUGCUCCAAAUGUCUGCCGAUGUCGACUACCCUACUCUGGUCUACAGUGUACAAAGAAAAGGAAGGAAUGAAGCAACUUCAGCAAAAUUAACCUGCAUUUUCUUCAUGUAGAUGAAGCAGUGGGGGGAACUUUAAAAGUGGUAACUGAUUUCAGAUAACUUUUUUACUUCAGUAUAUUAGGUAGGUGUUUUCUGUAUGAAAGAAAAGCGUUGCUGAUUGUAACAAAGCUUUUAAAAGUAUCCAAGUGUGUGUAGUUUUCUCUUUUUUCUUUUUCUCCUAAGCAGAAGUAUUAUGUCUUGGUUGAUACA